UAAACGUUGCAGAAAAAAGCCUCAGAGAGUGAUGGGACUAUAGGAGACCCACCGGCUCUCUCCCAGUCUCCCUAGAUUUAAAAUUCUCUCUUCGUCUUGCUUUGUUCCUCAACUUCCCUCUCCUCCGCUUCUGCUUUUCUAAUUUGCAUUUAGUUUUACCAUUUGUGGUUGAAGGUGGUUGUUCUUGUAGCUGUAGCGCUUAUUUGUGACGCUUUUCCUUAUCUGCCUGGUUGGUUGGUGAGAUAAUGGCGGAAAAUCAAGUGAACAUGGGAACUAACAUGAAAGCAGUCCUGUUGUCGCUGUUCCUCUUGACCUUGUUGUUUUCUCUGGUCACCUCUGCUUCCAACAAUGGCUUUGUUAGAAUUGGGCUGAAAAAGAUGAAAUUGGACAAAAACAAUCGGCUUGCUUCACAGCUCGAGUCCAAGGACGCAAUAUCUUUGAAAGCUUCUAUUAGAAAGUAUCGUUUCCCUCAUAAUCUCGGUGACUCUGAGGACGCAGACAUUGUUGUGUUAAAGAACUACUUGGAUGCUCAGUACUAUGGUGAAAUUGGCAUUGGUACUCCCCCUCAAAAUUUCACUGUAAUUUUUGACACUGGCAGCGCUAAUCUUUGGGUGCCAUCAGCUAAGUGCUAUUUCUCGGUGGCUUGUUUUUUUCAUGCUAGGUACAAGUCAAGUGAAUCGAGUACCUACAGGAAGAAUGGGACAUCUGCUGCUAUCCAAUAUGGUACUGGUGCAAUAUCUGGUUUCUUUAGCUGUGACAAUGUCAAAGUUGGGGACCGAGUUAUAAUGAAUCAGGAUUUUAUUGAGGCAACCAGAGAGCCUAGUCUCACAUUUUUAGUGGGAAAAUUUGAUGGUAUACUAGGACUCGGAUUUCAAGAGAUUGCCGUUGGAAAUGCUGUUCCUGUGUGGGACAACAUGGUUGAACAAGGUCUUGUCCAAGAACCAGUAUUUUCAUUCUGGCUCAACCGUAAUGCAGAGGAAGAAGAAGGGGGUGAAAUCGUCUUUGGUGGGGUAGAUCCAAAUCAUUACAAGGGCGAGCACACAUAUGUUCCUGUGAAACAGAAAGGUUAUUGGCAGUUUGACAUGGGAGAUGUUCUAAUAGAUGAUAAACCAACCGGAUAUUGUGCUGGAGGUUGUUCUGCCAUUGCAGAUUCUGGCACUUCCCUGCUAGCAGGUCCAACGACUGUGAUUACCAUGAUAAAUCAUGCAAUUGGAGCCUCUGGAGUUGUUAGUCAGCAAUGCAAGGCAAUUGUCGAACAGUAUGGACAAACCAUUAUUGAUUUGCUUUUAGCCGAGGCAAACCCAAAGAAGAUCUGCUCCCAGAUUGGCUUGUGCUUCUUUGAUGGUUCCCGUGGUGUUAGUAUGGGCAUCGAGACUGUAGUGGAUGAGAGCAGCGGCAAAGUUUCUAGUGGAAUUCGUGAUGCCAUGUGCCCUGCUUGUGAGAUGGCUGUUGCUUGGAUGCAAAACCAGAUAAAGCAGAAUCAAACACAAGAUCGAAUAUUGGACUAUGUAAAUGAGCUUUGUGAUCGGAUGCCAAGCCCAAUGGGAGAAUCUGCUGUGGACUGUGGACAUAUUUCUUCCAUGCCUGGUGUUUCCUUCACAAUUGGCGGAAAGAUUUUCGACCUUGCUCCUGAGGAGUAUAUACUCAAGGUGGGCGAGGGUCCUGCUGCUCAGUGCAUCAGCGGCUUUAUUGCUUUGGAUGUGCCCCCUCCUCGUGGGCCUCUCUGGAUCCUGGGUGAUGUCUUCAUGGGGCGCUACCAUACCGUCUUUGAUUCCGGCAAGCUGAGAGUUGGAUUUGCAGAGGCAGCAUAAAGAAGCUACUCCAUUCCAUCAUCUUUAUCUAUUCCUGUUCAAUAUGUACCUUCAUACACUUGACAAAGUGAAAAAUGGUGGAAGUUAAGCUGCUUGUGUAUAUUUGUUCCGUGUAUUUGAAUAUUUUACUAAUGUGUAAUGAAAAUAAGAAAAACAAAUGUGCAAAA